CUCAGAAGGUAGCCUUAUGCUAUUUCUUCAGAAGAGUAAAUCCUAUAAAACGGGAAUAAAGGUAAAUCUAACUUUUGCUAUUGUUUUACAUCAAAACGAUAUUGUGCUUUUAGAAUCAAGAAGAUUAUCAUUAGGUGGAAUUGGGCGGAUAUCUAACUUAGGAAGACAUGCUGUUCAACUUAGAGUGAGAAAGACUGAAGAGUUGGAAAUAUUGAUCAAUUUCCUUGAUAAAUAUAGUCUUAUAACUCAAAAACUAGGAGACUAUCUACUUUUCAAGCAAGCUUUUGAAAUUUAUUCUAAUAAACUUCAUUUAACAACUGAAGGGUUAGAAAAGUUAGUAGCUAUAAAAACUAAUAUGAAUAAAGGUAUACUCAAAGGAGAUUAUUUAAUUCAACUCUUUCCUAUAGUUAAAUCUGUACCAAGACCUUUAGUUCUCAAUAAAAGAAUUGAGAAUCCUGGUUGAUUGGCUGGUUUUACAAGUGGUGAUGGAUCUUUUUGUAUACAGGUUAAUGGUAAAACAAUUUCUUUAAAAUUCACUAGUUAUCAGAAUUCACGGGGUGAAGCUUUAUUAGAAAGUUUUAAAGAUUUUCUAGGUUGUGGUUUAAGAUUUACUAAUACUAAAACUUCACUUUCUAGCUUUGUUGUUACAAAAUUUACUGAUAUCUAUGAAAAAAUUCUACCGUUAUUUAAGAAAUACCCUAUCCGAGGUAUUAAAGCUUUAGAUUUUGCGGAUUUCUGUGAAGCUGCAGAAAUAAUGAAAAUUAAAGAGCAUUUAACUCCUGAAGGGUAUCCGCUCCGCGACGAUAAAAUUAUUGAAAUAAAGGGCAGAAUGAGUAGAAGUAGAAUAUCUAACCCUGACGAUUCAUUACCUUAUAAGAACCUUGAAAGUAAUUGCUUUUGCUUUGCGCUUUCCGUUUUGCGUUUUGUAUCAAAAGCGUUAAAAAAAUAUACCACUAUAGUAAAAAUCCAUUGAAUUUACGAUAAUUCGCAAGUAACCAACGCGCCAAGCACGC